GCGGUGUCCUCAAAUAUUAUUUUAAUUCAUAUUUUCAUAAUUUUUUAGUUUUCACAGUUGACAUAAUUACUGAAUAGGUACAUUCAAAUAUCACAAUAAUUUCCGUGCGAUUCCGUAUCUAAGAUAAUUUGCGCCGGAGUAGCAUUUAUAAUUUAUAAAUUCGGACCGACAUUCGGCGAAGCAAAGUAUAACUUUAAAGUUGCCCAUCCAAUUUUAAAAUGGCAUCACCAAUCAAAGUGGUUGUGACAGGAGCCGCAGGACAGAUUGCGUAUUCUCUUCUGUACCAAAUUGCAUCUGGUUCAGUCUUUGGCCCUGACCAACCAGUAGUACUGCAUCUCCUUGAUAUUGCUCCAAUGAUGGGAGUCCUUGAAGGUGUUGUGAUGGAACUGGCAGAUUGCGCAUUACCUUUACUCGCAGGAGUCUUGCCAACUGCCAACCCAGAAGAAGCAUUUAAAGAUGUGGCUGCAGCAUUUCUAGUUGGAGCUAUGCCAAGAAGAGAAGGAAUGGAGAGGAAAGACCUAUUAUCAGCCAAUGUUCGUAUUUUCAAAGAACAAGGACAAGCUUUAGAUAAAGUUGCCCGUAAAGAUGUAAAAGUUCUCGUUGUUGGUAACCCAGCCAAUACAAAUGCCCUUAUUUGCUCCAAAUAUGCUCCAUCCAUCCCCAAAGAAAACUUCACUGCUAUGACUCGUCUUGACCAAAAUAGAGCUCAAGCUCAGUUGGCAGCUAAAUUGGGUGUACCUGUUCAAGAUGUAAAAAAUGUAAUUAUUUGGGGAAACCACUCAUCAACUCAAUUCCCAGAUCCCUCCAAUGCUCUGGUCAAAAUUGGAGGUGUUGAGAAACCAGUUCCUGCAGCUAUUAAUGAUGAUGAGUUUUUAAAGUCAACAUUCGUAUCAACUGUUCAAAAGCGUGGUGCUGCUGUUAUUGCAGCCAGGAAAAUGUCUUCUGCUUUAUCUGCUGCCAAGGCUGCUUCUGACCAUAUGAGAGACUGGUUCUUAGGGUCAGGUGACCGAUGGGUUAGUAUGGGAGUUGUUUCAGAUGGUUCAUAUGGUACACCCCGUGAUACUGUAUUUUCAUUUCCUGUGACCACAAGUAAUGGCAAGUGGAAAAUUGUUGAAGGUCUAACUAUCUCAGACUUUGCCCGUACAAUGCUUGAUGCUACUGGCAAGGAGUUAGAUGAAGAAAAGAGAGAUGCAUUAGAAGUCUGCAAGUAACAAAAUGUAGUUGAAUAGGUACACAUUCUAUAAGAGAUUCAGCCGAUAUUAUCAGGAAUAGAUUUAAUAUUAAUUACAAUCUCACAAUGCUUAUCAAACUGUUGUUAAUUUUAUAGGAAUUUAGAUAUCAUUUUGUUAUCUGUUUAAUAUAUAAUAAACCUGAUAAAUUUUA